AGGUGUGUUUUGUACUACUUGAGUAUAUUAUUAUCAUUGUCUUUUAUAUAUUUACUCAUGUCAACUCCAUUUCUUUGCUUUGAAUUAUAAGUAAUUUUGUUAUGUCAAAAGCUAUAGCUUAUAGCAAAGUCGUAACUUUAUUUCUUAACCAAGCGUCAUGUUUGAUUAUGACUCUGACUCAGCCCACCCCGACCCCUCAUGGGCCUUGCCACAGAAAGGAUAUUGACAUUAUGCUACAUAAAGUAAAUAUCACUAAAUUAGGACAAGAAAACAUGUAUUCUAAACCAAGUUAUUAGCAUUGGUUCUAAGGGACAAUAAGCCUGCUAGACUAAGUCAUGUUGGCAAAAGCAUAGUUGAUUACUCAAAUUCUAGACUUUUGACCAUUGAUCUUGAAAGUGAAAGGUUGAAACUUCAAUAAAUAUGGCAUACUUAAUGUUGAAUAUUCUUCCAACGUGUUGAAUAAUUCAGCUAACACACUUGUUAAAAACAUUUUGGACACAACAUUUCUAGUGCAUGUUUCAUCAACCAAAGAGUUGUAAGAAAUGAGUAUUGAUGAAGCAACAUCACUGAUGGAUCUUCCAUCCCCAAUCUUGUUAGAAAUUCUCUCUAGGUUACCUCCCACCACACUCUUAUACGUCAAAACCGUCUCCAAAUCUUUUCUAAACCUAACCUUAGAUUCCGAAUUCUUAAAACUAUCACGUUCAACAUCUCCAGCCAGCAUCAUCAUCAACCAAUUCAGCUCUGAUGAGACUUCUAGUACCAACACUUUAAAGUUCUUGAAAUUCAAAGAUGAGGAUACUCAUUCUUAUUGUCAUGAUCCAAAACUUGACCUUGAUCUACAACAUUACUUCCCUAUUGAUCCAUUUUGGAUGGUUAGGUCAGUUCAUGGUUUCAUUUGUUUUAGUUACUUCCCUGAUUAUGUUGAAACUGUCUACAUCCUCAACCCAAGAACCAGCGAGUAUAUCAUUCUUCCAGAGGCUGGAGGGAUAAGAGAGUGGCCCAAUGAUGUCAUGUAUAGCUUUGGUUUCGAUCCUGUUAGGUUCGAGUACAAAGUGGUUAGAAUUUACCAAGAAGAAAUUUAUGAUGAUAAUACUAGUUAUUACAAGUCUAAAUGUCAAGUUUACACAAUUGGCAAAGGGUAUUGGAGAAAUGCAGGACAUGUUAUGUUUUCCUUCAAGUCAUAUGGGGUGAACCUCUACGCGAAGAUUCAUUGGUUGGUUUAUGAUGCUGAAGGAAAUGAGUCAAUAUGUUUGUUUGAUUUGGAGAAUGAGUUGUUUGAAUCUUUCCCCACAGCUCCAAUGUACAACAAGGAAAGGUAUUGGUAUUCGCGAAGUUUGGGAGUCUUUGGACGUUGUCUAUGUGUGUGUGACAAUUAUGAAGAUACUCAUUUUGAGGUAUGGGUGAUGAAAGAAUACGGAGUUACUGAUUCAUGGGUUAAACAGAUUGUUAUAGACAUUUCUCCUGAAUGCAACGAUUGGUUGGGCAAUGAAAUAAUUUAUAUGGUGAAAGUUUUGGAGGAUGGAGAGGUGUUGUUCUUGUGGCGUGACGAUUUCUUGUUCUUGCACCAUCCUGUGAAGAAAACAUUGAAAAAGCUUGAUGUCUGUACUGGGAAUAUCUUAGCAUCUAGCCAUGUAUCAAGCUCCUUUUCUCUCAAGAGUUUUGAAGGAGAGGUUGUGAAUGUCUUUUAGAUUGUCAAAAUGUAUGUACUGUUUCAUUUUAGUGACUGUGAUGUGAGUUCUUGCUUUGGGUUAAAGACUUUGUAUUCUGACUUUGCAUAAUACAUAAAACGUGUUCUUUAACUUGGCUUCGUAA